AUGGCGUUUGUUCGCGCAGCUGAUGCGUUGUUGGCUCGACUUAAGUCGGCUUCCUUCUAUCGUACAAGAAUUUCUAGGCUUCUAUGGACGGUGACCUCUAAUGAUAGUGUUAAAAUCACGAAAUGUAUCACCUCGUUUCCGUUGUUGGCUACUUGUACUUCGGAUAGAAUUCCGGACAUACCGCAGAUGCCACCCAUUGAAGAUGCAAAUAUUCCUCUUAACGCCCUUGGUGAACCGACCUUUGCUUCUCUUGGGCUUAAUAGCUACUGGCCAUCUGGGUGGUACCAAGCAGCUCUUGAGUUUUUGCAUGUGGAUCUAAAUCUUCCCUGGUGGGCUGCUAUUGCGACGACUACUGUCGUCAUUCGCCUCUGCCUAAUUCCAUUCGUGAUCAAUCAACGUCGAAAGCUGGCAUCAUAUACUAAUGUCAUGCCUCAGAUUCAUGCCUUGCAGAAUCGCAUGACAAGAGCUCGAGUGGCUUCCGACUACAUCGAAAUGAUGAAGGUUUCGCAAGAAAUGCAACAGUUAAUGAAAAAUAACGACGUCAAUUUACUAAACAGCAUGGGUCUCGCACUAAUCCAAGUUCCCAUUUUUCUCUCUGUUUUUGCUGGUCUUCGGGGAAUGGCCCAGCUACCAGUAGAGAGCCUCCAAACCGGUGGUCUUGGCUGGUUUGCUGAUCUGACUGUUUGUGACCCCUUCUAUGUCCUCCCACUAUAUAGCAUGUCGUCCAUUUUCUUGAUGUUUGAGUUCGGAGCUGAUGUGUCUUCUCAGGGGCUUACAACUGGUGUCCGACUUGCAAUGCGCAUCUUCCCGGUAGUGGGUUUCUUUAUGAUUAUGCACAUGCCUUCGGCACUCCUUUGGUAUUGGUCAAUCAGCAACACAAUAUCAAUUUCGCAGGCUCUCAUACUACGCACCAAACCUGUAAGGACAUAUCUAAAGUUCCCCGAGAAAGUCAACCCACCACCGCAACUUGGAAGAAAGAAAGGAUUUGUUGAGGGCUUCAAGGAGUCGAUGAACAAUUCGCGGCUGCUUGCAGAGCUUGAGGCUCGCGAACGAAUGGACGCCGAGCGUUGGCAAAAAGCAGGAAUGGGACCCAUUCCGAAGACUUUUGCAUACGACAUAAGGACUCGAACAAAGAAGCCUGUCGUCACUGUGAGAGGCACUUCUGUUCCUGAGAAAGAUCAGUCCCAAACUGUGAAGACUUCCGUUUAA